AUGCAUUUGACGUUUUCACCCCCCCAAAAUCAAACUACGCGGGAAACUGGCACCAAAAAUAGGGAGGGGAGUUCCGGCGGCGCAGUCGAAAGCCUAAGAACCAGAGGAUGGUGCUUCGGCGACCUCGAACAAGUGGAGGAGAAGAUCCUGAUCCAACCCGCCUUGUCCGACAACACGCGUACGGUAGUGAACUCAGUGGAAGCCAAACUCAUCAACAUGAACCUUAAAUCCAUCUCCGCCAGGUCCAUGCCCGACCCGCAUACGCUCCUAAGGUCCUCUCACCUCCUCGGCCCCAAAGUUCUCCAGGGACGUUGCCAAAAGCAGAAUGGAGGAUUUUUCGAGGAAUUUGAGUCGUCGGUGGCUUUUGAUGCCUUACGAUCCCUGACGACGGCCACAGCUGUGGAGUACUCUCAUCCCUCGGUAAUCCCUGACGACGUUGUUCCUGGAACUAAGGUCUGUUUGGAAGGUGAAGUUACUGUACGCAAUGGAAUAGUGUGUUUGAGUCCUAAAAUUGUGACUCUGUUGGGAGGUGUUGUUCAAUCACUUUACGAAGAAUGGCAGAUGAAUACAAAAUAUUCCGAGUUUUCACGUUCAUCUUUAAGGAUUUCACAGGAAAGUGAAGGUAACGGCCCCCUCCAUUUGAGAAGUUGA